AUCACCAUUGACAUGCAUCAAGACAUUACGGACCAAGACCGAACACUGGAUGAAACGCAUAAUUCGUUUUCGGGACUUGGAUCGAACCUUCAGAACUCAUUUGGUCGAAUGAAUCGAAUGAUAUCAAAGCGUCACCAACGGCAACUGUGUUUUUACGUUUUUGUGGCUAUUUGCGUAUUUCUUAUCAUCUACUAUGGAUCAGGCUUUCUUUCA